UUUAAGUUUAAUCCUCUUUUUAAUUGAUGAGACUGAGAGAGACAAAGAAACAACUGUGUUUUUGAAGUCCUCUGUUUUGUUGUGGCUGAGGGUUAGAUGAUGGUAAAGCUCGUGACUUUGCUUCAGUUACAAGAUGUACUUAGUUGUGAUUCUUUUUAUCUUUCCCGUUUGUGGGAAAAGAAUCAGAAACUUUGUGGUCAUAAGUUGUGAACACGCUCAACGUGUCGUGUACGAUAGGGCAGACAUGAUCGUACUUUCACGUGUUCUGUUACGUAUCCAACUUUUCUAAUAACGGCGAAUAUGAUUUCUUUCUCAAUCUAACUUUUUAGUGUCAGCUUUUAAUUGAGUUACGUGAUAAAAAAUGAUUUUUCAUCCUUGGGAACCACAUGUCAACAAUGAGAAGACAAGUAACAUUUUAUUUAGAAUACAGAUUCAGAGAAGAUAAUCCAAAUAAAACCGGUUAGUUAUAAGGUGGUGUGUUUGGUUAGUGGCCAAUAGCGCCCUAGUUGAUGGCAUUCCUCUUUGCGGCUGACACUCGAGGAACCACAGUGUCUGACUCCUGCUGAUCUGAGGCGGGGAAGCAGCCCGGCUAGCCACUCAGUCGUACCUGCCAGCCGUCUACGACAGGCUUCCCCGGCAGGAAUUAUCUAUAGAAGUAGAAGGUGAAACGAGAUCAAAUCAGGGCUAUAAAGAAUCAAAAUCUUUCCUCCCUUUCGUUCUACUUAGGUGGAGCAAUCCGAACUCUCGACCUCGAGCUCUACUUGUAGUGCCUUGCAAGGUCGUAGAGCCGGUAACCCUCGUUCAUCUAAAAUGGAAAAAGUGCUAGAAGGGUAUUUCUUUCCCGUCUACUUGAGUAGCCACUUCCUUCAAGCUGCUCUUUCUAUAAGCUAUAUUCCAGUAGUGAUUAGAGAAGGAAUUCAUGAGUAACUGACCAUUCAACUAGUGGACAUUAUGCACUUGUUAUACAACAACCUCUUUAGAACGGCCCAAACUGAUUGAGAUAGAACCUCUUUCCACACUGCCAUCAGAGAGAUAUUUAACAGUCAAAACCCAUUUACCACUGCCUUCUUCCCUGGAGGGAGAUUCUGCUAUUGUCCGUAAGUCUUUGUUGCUGAGGUCUCAUGCAUGUCGCAAGCGAGUCAAGCUCUCCUGGGUCCCUGGGCUCUCCCUUGUUUCGAUGGUUGGGAAUUGUCAUGAGUCAUUCAGUAAGUAGUGCAUGUGUGAUUUGUAAAACACGUGAAGAAGUGUGAGGAUUUGUGGAAGCCCCCUGGUCCAGUGGUUUGACCAAUGGUCCAUUAAUGGUUUUACACCACGAGAUCUGGAUUUUAAUUCCCGCAGAAGGCUAUGCUAGUUAAAGGAAAAAAAGCUUACAAGAGAUCUGUAGUAUGUCGCAAGGAGUACCGAGGCAAGCGUAGAUUCCAUAAGACGGCUCAAAUGAUGCAGUCAGGCGUGAAUCUUCAUACAACAGGUAGAAAUGUCGGCUGUAGAACGUUUGUAAUAUUUUUCAUAGUUGUAAUACCAUAAUUAUCUAAUGUUAAAAAAAAGUGUGAGGGUUCCGGUUUAGGAGGGAACCGAGGCCUGGUACGUACUUCGAAUUCAAGAGGAGAUGUCCUAGGAGAGUAUCGUAUCUCUGGAAGACUUUGCCGUCAGGAGAAAAUCAAGAACUUUGUAAAGUUCCAUUUGAUUGCGUCAAUCAGCAAACCUCCUUUCUCUGCUUUCAAAUAUUGUAUAACGGCGCCGUGUUCUUCCCGUUCACAUCCACCUACGUUUACACAUAAUCACACUAUUGGUAUAAAAUGAUUUUUCUCGUAACACAUGUUUUGUAACGACUCAAUUCUCAGCCCAGUAACUUCGGCCCGUCAGAGUCCAUCAGUGUUGCAGGAAGCCCUUGAGAUUGAGCCGUCACUCACACCUGAGAUCGUACCGCCGCCACCACCACGUCCAGAGCCGAGAUCGACCAGUUCACCGCCGAUCCCAGACGAAGGUAACAGGAAAUCAUCUUUCCGAUUUGGUUUUAAAAACGGCCGUUCAUUCAAUCGAUCAUAACUCACUAACCAUUUGGAAUUUCGUAAUUCUAAGACCACCAUCGUGAUCGCGACGUCGAGACGAGUCGGGAUCAAGAAGAUCAGCCGGAAAGUCGCCCGGACGCGCCGUCAAGCGCGGCUUUUCUCCAGCGUCGUUCCGCGCGCCGCCAUCCUCCACACGUUCCGCGCGUGGAUCUCACGCACCACCACCACGCACCGUGUUCCGUCGCCGCCGUUGAUUCUGAUUUGGAGUCUGUUUGAGCAGUUGGAAUUCAUAGCUAUUACCUUUCCACGUUGCUAAGAUGCCGCCAAAAAGAGGAACUAAGCGUACUCGCACCGUCAGGGUCAGAGCUGAUGCUCGUGAAGUUGUGGAUGAUCAGGGUGCUACAGGAGGUGUUCAGGCAGAGGGUGUGCAGCCUGCAGCCCCACCAUUUGAUCAGGCUGCACUCAUGCAGAUGGUUCAGCAGGCAGCUACCCAGGCUGCUAUUCAGCAGGUUACGCAGGAAGCUGCUCAUGUAGCUGCACAAGAAGCUGCCCGUGUAGCAGCACAAGAGGUUGCCCGUCAGUUGGCUGCUGGCCAGCAGAUUCCACCGCAGCAGAUUCCACCUCAGCAGAUUCCACCUCAGGUUCCUGUGCAGGGGGUUCCAGAACAACAACUUCCUCAGGGUUUACAGCAACCACCACUACCACCACCUCCACCUUUACCGGUUUACCGUGUUUAUGAUGAGAGGUUUUACAGACUUACGACUCAGAUGCGGAACAUGGAUAUGGAGCAUUUUGGGGGAACAAUUGGAGGAGCUAUUGGGUAAGGGUUUCAUCAGACCCAGUACUUCACCGUGGGGAGCACCAGUACUGUUUGUGAAGAAGAAAGAUGGGAGUUUCAGG